UCAACCCACCUGCAGCCCACCAUCACCCAGUCCACCCAAGAACCACCACCAACCCCCAGCCCUCAAUCUGCCCUGUCAUCGUCGCAUCGACGCCUGUUCUGGAUGCUGUUCUCACAGGCUGAAGCCGAAUUGCUGUCCUGAUCGACCGUGCCGUCUCGUGCCGUCGUCCUACACGUGCCUGGCCAUUGAGAUCGUCUGAGAAGGCAUCCUGUGUGGUCUUUGUUUCCCCCGGUGGUUGAUAUCUUGAUAAUUUGCGUCAGCGUUGUUGUCCCCACCGGUAAUUGCCAGUGUGCUGCCUGUUUAGCGGAUUUGCUUUCAAAAAAAAAAAAACCACCCCCUUUCCUUUCCUUUCCCCUCCCCUUGUCCUCCCCUCGAUCAAAAGAAUGCCUCAUCCGACCCCGUUCACGGUCAAGGCGGUCUUCGAAUAUACAUCGGGCCACGAUGACGACCUCAGUUUCCCCAUCGGCCAGAUCGUGACCGUCACCGCCGAGGAGGACGCCGAGUGGUACUACGGGGAGUACACCGACGACACAGGAAAUAAGCUUGAGGGUAUCUUCCCCAAGAAUUUCGUCGAGCGCUACGAGCCUCCUGCGCCUCCUAGGCCGUCGACACGCCCGAAUAGACCGAAGAAAGAGCCAGAACCGGCCGUUGUUCCUGAGCCGGUUGUGCAGCACCAGCCGCAGCAGCAGCAGGCCCCACCGGAGCCCGUCGUCGUCGAAGAGUCAUCCGUCUCGUCUCCUAUAGCCGAGAGAGAGGUUAUUUUACCUCCGUCAUCGUCCCCGGCGACUGCACACGUCCCUUCCGUGGCCGUCGCUGUUACAGAGGCCCCCCACACGGCUCCCUCCCCUCCCAAGCCUGUUCAGCAGCUCUCUGCUCCGAGUGAACCUGCGCAGCAGAAAGCCCCCGCCAAAGCCGCGCCUCCCGCUGUGGCCGACAAGCCGUCCGGCUCCUCCUUCAAAGACCGUAUUGCCGCCUUCAACAAGCCCGCGGCACCGCCCGUUGCUCCGUUCAAGCCGAGCGGGUGGGGAGGUCAGAACACCUCGUUCAUCAAAAAGCCAUUCGUCGCCCCUCCUCCCAGCAAGAACGCCUACGUACCACCUCCGCGUGAGGCGCCGCCCGCCAAGCUCUACCGCAGGGAGGAAGACCCAGAGAUCGCCGAACGCGCUGCGCCUGAACCCCCCGUCUCGGAGAGCCGCCCCGCUCCUGCUCCUCUCACCGAAGGUGCCGAGGGCGAGGAUCAGCCCAAGCCUACCAGUCUGAAGGAGCGGAUUGCCCUUCUGCAGAAGCAGCAGCUGGAGCAGGCCGCACGCCACGCAGAGGCUGCUCAGAAGAAGGAGAAGCCCAAGAAGCCCCCCCCCAAGAAGCGAGUUGAACCCAAUGAGCAGCAGGUGGCCCCGCCCUAUGUUGCUGAUCCGGAAAGCAACAACAACGAACACAUCGUCGAAUCGACACGCGAUCACAGUGCCGAUACACUGAAAGCGGCACCGCCUCCUCCUUCCCUGCUCCCACCAGCGUCCCCUCUCUCACCAUCCCAGGAGCCAGUCAGUGAUGCCGACGAUGCCGACUACUCCGCUGCGGCUGAUACAGAGGACGCAGAGGAGACCUCAACCAGCAAGGAAGACUUGGAAGACCGUGUAGAGUCUAGAAGAGAAGUUAAGCCUCAGUCGAACAUCGAAGACGACGAAGCAGGAGAGGGCGAAACGGAACAGGAACACGGCAACGAUCCGGAGGUCAAACGUCGGUUGGAAUUGCGUGAGAGGAUGGCCAAGAUGAGUGGCGGGAUGGGUAUGAUGGGCUUCUUCGGACCCCCCGGCGGCAUGCCUGGUAUGUCUGGCGCUGGUGCUCGCAAACAUAAGCCAGCUGCGGAGACUGAAAGGCGGACCGAUGACGCUGAAGUUGCCACUACUCCAGCCGCCGCUCCUCCGGUUCCCAUUAUGCCUUUGCCCGGGAUGAAUGUCAGAAAGGCUCCCGAGCCCCCUGCGGAAGAGGUUGUCGAGAAGGAAUUUGAAGAGCCGCAGGCUACGCCUAUUGCGGAGCAGCACCCUCCAGAGAAGGUCACGGACAUCGAGGAAGUGAUUCACGAGGAGCCUCAUCGAUCGCCAACAGACCGUCGGUCUUCUUAUUUCCAAGGAGUUUCUGCGCCAGCCCCUCCCCUGGAUACUAGGCCUGCUCCUCCUCCUCCUCCGACAAGAGCUCCCUUGUCGCCCGAUCCCGGAGAUAUCUCCGAUGAUGAGCUCUCGUCCCACACCCGGAAAAUGUCUAUCAAAACUUCGGUCCCUCCUCCUAUCCCGGGCAUGUCCCCGGAGGCUCGUCGACCUUCCACCGCUGAUACCAUGUCUCCUCUAUCACCGAUUGCUCCUUCGGAGAAGAGACUGAGCCGUCCCCCACCUCCCAUUCCGGCCAAUUCCUCUUUGGUCUCACCCACCCAGUCUCGCCCCCCACCUCCGCCACCUCCUGGCACCAUGCGCCGGCGGUCUACAGCCGAAAGUCGCAACAGUAUCCUACCCGCGCCUCGUCAGGCCGGCGAAGAAGUUGAGGGGGAGGUGACGGAGUACGAUGGUGAUUAUGAUACUGACAUCGCGUCUGGAGCGAGGUUCAAGGAUGCUUUGAAGGCCCAUGGCCGUGAUUCGAGCCUUGACGAUGGGACCAUCACCGACGAUGUCUCUCUACAGUCCCCACGAAGUCCUCAGGAGGCUCGAUUGCCCCCACCGCCGCCUCCGACUGCUCCUCGCGCAGUGCCUCCUCCCCCUCCAAGCCAGCCACCCAAGGUCACCAGGGCAUCUGUCGAUCUGCCGCGGGGACCUCCGCCGCCGCCUCCCCCGGCCAAGGAGCCAUCUUUUGAUGACGAGGAAUAUGAUCCGUACCGGUAUACAGCUCCACACCACGGCCUGCCCUCUCCUCCACCUGUUCCCAGUGGCAGACCCGAGGCACCUCCUUUCCUCCCUCCUCCGGUUCCUCCUGUCGUCCCCUCAACCCUGUCUGCGGAAGAACCAGAGGAAGAGGAGGAGGAGGAGGAGGAGGAAGAGGGCGAUGUGUUCGAUGUGCCACCGGUCCAACCGACUUCUUUCGCCCCACCUCCGCCACCGACGGGUCACGCCCCGGCUGCUCCUCCUCUUCCACCGUCCUCUGCCCCUCGUAACACUCGAGGGUCAGUGGAUAUCCUCCGGGGUCCACCGAAUUUGCGGCGAUCCAUGGACAUUGCUCGUCCCUCUGUUGACCAAGGCUUCAUUGCCAUGGAGGUGGAUCUGGGCGAGAACACACUGUGGUGGGCCCAGCCGAACACGCCUCCGCCGGUCUUCCAGAACCGCAAGGAUGUCCUGUUUGAGAUGGAGGAGUCGAGUUCGAGCAAGCGCGGUGGCAAGACAACCGUCUCGAAGAAUGUGUAUGUGCUCUUCCUGGAUUACUCGCAGACGGUGAUCAGUGUCCAAUUUGAUGCGCGCAACCCGACCGAUGCGGCACUAGAACAGCGGCACGAGCCGCCGCCGCUCCAGCUGCGGCAGGACCAGCUGGAAAACGCCCAUUCGCUGAUGGGAACACGGAUUUCGGACGCGGUGACGAGCAUCCAGAACACGAUUGUGGCGGACGGAACGCCGUUUGGGCUGGUGCAGCACCUACUCGGCCCGCUGUCCGACGCCCUGUUGCCCGUCGGGACGCGGGCGUAUGGUGCGCUGGUCUACUCAAAUCUGGCCAACGCGAGUGUGCAGCAGAAUGACGAGAUCCGCGCGGGCGACAUUGUGAGCUUCCGCAACGCGCGUUUCCAGGGCCACCGCGGCACCAUGCACCAAAAGUACAGCGCCGAGGUGGGCAAGCCCGAUCACGUCGGCAUCGUCGUCGACUGGGACGGAACCAAGAAGAAGAUCCGCGCGUGGGAGCAGGGCCGCGAAAGCAAGAAGGUCAAGAUGGAAAGCUUCAAGCUCAACGACCUGCGCAGCGGCGAGUGCAAGGUGUGGCGGGUCAUGCCGCGCAGCUGGUUGUGUCUAUCUCCUAUCUUCUCUGUUAUUAUGUCUUUCUGUUGUACCUAUUGAAGCUACUGUCUAUGAUUCAUAGAGCUGGCCUACUGUCUAUACAUAAUAGUAUAUUGUCUGAUAUUAGGACUUGUUGA